UUGUCAAAUCAUUGCUAAUGUAGGCUGCCUUGAAUAUAUCUACCUAUCAACAUUGAGUUGACUUUAUUUCCUUGCAGAAUAAUUUUUGGAAGCAUUGAUCAUCAAGAAGAAAUUUGAGUAAAUAAGUACUCAAAGCUUUCUGGCUGUCUCGUUAUACCCUUAAUUUCUCAAGUUAUUAAAUAAGCAUGGUUAACAUACUACACUUGAAACCAGAACUGUGACCAAUUUUCCAUUUUGAGAUGGCAAAUGAAAAGUUCCCUGCUGAACAGUUCAACGGUUAUGGAUUUGAAGAUAAUUUCUCUUUCACAAAUAAGAGCAUGGAUGAAGGGAAUACAAGGACACAAAGUUCUUUUUAUGGAGUUGAAGAAUGGGGAGAGUCUUCUGAUAAUGGGCUCUAUCAGAAUAACCAAUGGGAGGAAGAAUUACUGAUGUCAAAGUAUGAUCAACAAGACCAGCAACAGAACUCAUUUGGGGAUUAUAUGCAUCUUGAUGACCUGAGGUUUGGUAUCCUAUCUCCGCCACUUCAAAAAUGUUAUCAGGAAAUAACACAACUUGAUGAAAUUCAAAGUGGAAUCCGAGAAGUUAAAUCCAAGAAAGAAAAUCCAUAUGCAUUUCCUUUAGCGUCACUUGAGCUGCUAAAGAGUCAUACUAAUGGGUUCAAUCAAUUAAACAGCAUGAGAAUGCUUGAGCCAAACAAGUUUGACUCAUCCAUCAAGGUAGUAGGUCAGGAAUUGUCUACAGAAGAUAUCAUGAGGAUAGCUGGAGCAAGGUUUCUGCAGUCGUCUUGCCAUGAUGUUGCCUCCAUGUUCAACAAUCCUUUUGAUCUUUAUUUCUCUGGCCUGUCUGAUGAAGAUGCUAAACAUGUGGAACUCGCUGAAUCCCUUUUGGCUUCUGCUGAGAGAAUUGGAAAUCAACAAUAUGACAGUGCCAGCAGACUGCUCAAGCAAUGUGAUUCUAUUUCCUCCAAUACGGGAAAUCCAGUUCAACGUGUUGUUUAUUAUUUUGCUGAAGCUCUCCAUGAUAGAAUUGAUAUAGAAACAGGAAAAACAAAAUCAAAAGAGUUGGGGAAGAAGCAGGCAUUUGAAAUUGAUGAAGCAAUGAUGACUCCAAACCCAACAAUCUUGGCAAGUCAUCUGGAAACUCCCUUCUGUCAGGUUGCCCAUUUUGCUGGAAUCCAAGCCAUUGUGGAUAAUGUGGCUGAUGCAAAGAAAAUUCACAUACUUGAUCUAUCACUCAGAUAUGGAAUGCAAUGGACAGUAUUGAUGCAAGCUUUAGUUUCUCGAUGUGAUUGCCCUCUUGAGCAUUUAAAGAUAACUGCUAUUGGGACUACUUCAAGGGAAUUAAUUGAGAAUACAGGUAAGAGGCUAAUUAGCUUUGCAGAGACUAUGAACAUAGCAUUCUCAUUUAAGAUGGCUUUAGUAUCAGAUUUGCUGGAUCUUAAAGAAGACUUAUUAGAUCUGGAUGAUGGGGAAACAGUGGCUAUUUACUUUGCAUAUUUACCUAGGAACUUGAUUUCAUUGCCCAAUAGGCUGGAUUCAAUGAUGAGAAUGAUAAAAAAUGUCAAUCCAUGUGUUAUAGUGGUUGCUGAAGUUGAGGCAAAUCACAACUCACCAACUUUUGUGAAUCGUUUUGUAGAAGCACUUUUCUAUUACAGUGCAUAUUUUGAUUGCCUUGAUGCAUGCAUGGAACGGAAUGAUAAAAACAGGAUGAUUAUGGAAUCAAUGUACUUUGGUAUAGGGAUCAAGAAUAUGAUAGCUACUGAGGGAGAGGAAAGGGUAAUUCGGAACGUAAAGCUUGAUGCCUGGAGAGCAUUCUUUGCUCGUUUUGGCAUGGUGGAGACUGAUUUGAGUUCUUCAGCUUUGCUCCAAGCAAAUUUGAUAGUUAAGAAAUUUGCAUGUGGGAACUGCUUCACACUUGAUAGAAAUGGGAAAAGCUUGGUUCUUGGAUGGAAAGGUACACCUCUUCAUUCCCUUUCCGCCUGGAAAUUUAUCUCACAUGAAAAGAAAGGAGUUAAUUCAUGUUAAGUUUCCCUCUCUAGGCUCCAUUUCAAGUUCUUGAUUAUUUCUUACUAUUGCAGCAACCUGCUAUUCUUACAUAGUCAUUUGCAGAAUCAAGCAGUCUGUUUCUUUUUCUUUUAUUUUUAGCAUUUGCUGGUGUUAUAUUCAUAUUCUUUGCAGCUAGACACAAAAAUAUAUAAUCAUUUGGCGUGUUUAGAGCAAAAUGUCAAUGUAGAAGCUAGUCCUUGCAAAGAUGGUGCUACCUAUUGAUUGACAGAAAGAUGGUUGAUUGAGCAGUAAAUAUAUUACUUAGCAAAUUGACAAUUAAUAUCAGCAACCUUCUGCAGUCAGUACAUGUUUCUUUUGUGCCCAUUUUCCACUGAAUAUGAACUUGCAUGCAUAAGUAGCCUCUUAGGUUUCUCAUUCUAUAAAGUUUUUGGUCUAAGAAAAUGUUAUUUACCUUCAUCAACAUCUCUUGCAACUCCCACCUGAAAAAGGAUGUUGCCAAAUGUUGGAUUUAAUGGAAUUGUUGUUUUAGAAUUUAUGUCAGAUUGGAAGAGUAUUAUAAUGUGAAUUAUGUUCAUUUGGAUGUAAUCAAAUUCAGAGAAGUAGCUGAUGCAUUCUAUUUUUGGUAAAAAGCAAUGGAAAUUCUAAUUUUAAGGAUGGCUUGUUAAAGUGUGGAGAAAAAGGAACUGAUGGUGGCAAGAUAGACCAAAAUUCAUCCAAUCAUUGUCAUUAUAUAUUUCCUGUAAUGACUUGAGCAUCAUGGAUCAUCUUGGAAAUGUAUCAGUCCUGGCAAAUAUCAUAUCAUUGUAUGAUCACACAAGAUCAUCAUAGGCAAUCUUGAUCUUAUGGCCUGUUUGUUUUAUAUGUUUAAUGUUGCGGGGUUGUUAUUUGCACCCGCGAAGCUAGAUAUGUUUGGAGAAGAAACUUUUCGUUUAUUUUGUUAAUA